AUGUUCAGCUCAAACUCGUUCGGCGCGCUGGGAAUGGACGACAGCGCGCCAGCAGCUGCCGGGCCUAGCGUCCAGACCCGCGACGGCGAAGAACUCGAUGCCGACUGGCUCAAGCUCGUCAAGCCCAACCACGAUGUCGCAGUCCGCGUCUCGGACAAGGUCGACCUCUCGGGUCUGCCCAGCGAGAGCUCGCUCCUCGCCGUCUCGAACGAGCACGGCCUCCUCAUCGUCGGCGGCAACACUGAUGUUCGCAUCCAUCGCCUAUCUGACAUUCACCACCUCUUGGAGACUGCGGCCAAGGACGCGACUCCAGUGUCCACCCCUAUCCAGACCAUCUCCCUGCCGGCUCGCCCAGUGUGGAUUCGUCUCGCUGCUGGAAACGAACGUCUUGUGGUAGUGACUGCGGGCGCUGGCAUGUUCCUCUUCAAGAUUGCAGACCUUGUUGCCGGGAACACCGCCCCGUACGGCUGCAUAACCUCCGGUAUUCCUAGCGCGCUUCUCGACGUGCUCCCCAAUCCCGCCGCACCAUCCCCGACCGAGCCGCUCUGGAGUUAUGUCACGCUCCUCGCCAACGAAGGCUUUGUCAUUGCCGACAUUGAGAACGUCCAGCUCUCGGCUCCUCUUGCUGGCCCAUUCUCGUCUGCAAGCUGGUCAGCCAAGGGCAAGCAGAUUGUCGUUGGCACAACCGCUGGUACCCUCGUCCAGUACACCCCCGAGGGCGUUGCAAAGGCCGAGGUGGCCGCCCCGGCCGAGAUGGAGGGACAUCCAGUGACCACGGUCCACUGGCUCGAGAACGACCUGUUCCUCGCCGGUUACGCAGCCCCCAACGCGUCUCUCGAGGACCCACUCGACCUCUUUGUCAUCCACCGCAACAAGGCCCAGCUCACCUACACCAAGUUUUACGAUGUCAACGACACCAUGGGCUACAACGGCCGUUCGGGCACGUUCCGUCACUUUGCCAACAUUAAGCAGUGGGGACAGGCGACAAAGCACCUCGCGUUCCUCCUCUCACCUGUCGCCUCGGAGAUUGGCGUCCUGCACGGCAAGCCCGUCGAGGGCAAGGCUGUCCCCCAGUGGGACGUCCUCUUCCUCGACGAGACGGCUCGUGGCGUCAUGCCCGCGGGCAAGGCCGGUGUCUCCGACGACACCUCGCCUCUCGGCCUAGCUCUCGACCUCACCAACCCCAAGCCCGUCGUUCUUGGCAUCGUUGGCGGCGAGGAGCUUCCGGACCUUCCCCCCGCCCCCCGACUCCUGGCAUACAGCCAGGAGGGUAUCAUCAUCACCUUUGACGUCCGGUACCCCGACGCCGGUCCCUACGCUGGCAUGGUUGGCGCCGGACCCGGCGCUGUGCCUUCACCGGUCGCGCCCCCCGCCGUCACCGUCCCAACACCCGCACCUGAACAGCCCAAGUCUGCGUUUGGCGGUGGCAGUGCGUUUGGGUCAUCUGCCUUUGGCGGCGGCUCUGCGUUUGGCCAGAGCGCCUUUGGUUCCACCACCACCACCACGACUCCAGCCAAGGCGCCUGCCUUUGGCUCCACCCCCACUACGAGCGCGUUCGGCUCCACGACUCCUGCCACCAGCGCUUUCGGCUCUACCACUCCUGCCGGCGGCUCUGCGUUUGGAAAGUCGGCCUUUGGCCAGUCCUCGACGCCUUCUGCAUUUGGUUCGUCUGCGUUCGGAGCCUCUGCGUUUGGCUCGACGACUCCCGCCAGCACCCCUGCCGCACCGGCUUUCGGACAGGCUAGCAAGCCUGCUGCUCCUGCUAGCAAGCCUGCUGCUCCUGCCGCACCCGCCUUUGGCCAGACUUCGACUCCUGUCACCACGUCAGCCUUUGGCCAGUCCUCCACGCCAUCUGCGUUUGGCCAGUCUGCGUUUGGCGCCAAGUCGACCACCAGCGCGUUUGGCCAGUCGUCUACACCCGGUACUGGCUCCGCCUUUGGCCAGUCUGCUUUCGGUCAACCCGCCGCAGGCUCCCCCUCGGCCUUUGGCGCAGGUGCUGCCGCGGGCAGCGCGUUUGGUGCCAAGCCGGGCUUUUCGUUUGGCCAGAAGCCUGCCGCUGACAACAAGGCGGCAUCGCCGUUUGGCGCCAGCACGACGCCUGGGUCAGGCAGCGCGUUUGGCUCGGGAAGCGCUUUCGGUUCUGGCAGUGCGUUUGGAUCCAGCAGCGCGUUUGGCACAAAGGACGACGCCAAGCCCGCAUUUGGUGGCUUUGGUCAGCAGCCCAAGGCUGAGGACAAGCCCGCCGACAAGCCUGCAGACCUCUUUGGCGACAGCAAGGCCAAUCCGUUUGCCCUCAAGUCGGACGCUGCCAACCCCUUCGCCGUCAAGGCCGAGGACAAGCCCAAGGCCGCCGCCGCACCCUCUGGCGAUUCGUUUGGUCUCGGCUCGCUCGACUCUGCCAUCACCUCCAACGUUCCGGGCCUCGCCCAGUCGCCGCCCGACUCGCCCGUUCUCGGUGGCAAGGCCACGGUGCCAGGUCUCGAAGACGACGACUCGCCGCCCGGCUCUCCUGCUCCCCGUGCGGUGAGCAGCACGCCUGCCAAGCCCCCACCUGCGACCUCGGCGUCGUUCAUCAAGCCCGCCACGGCGUUUGGGUCUUCGUCGAGCACUGGCUUUGGCGCGUUUGGUAGCAACAAGUCGACCACUUCAGCAUUUGGCUCGCCUGCCACUCCUGCCACUGGCUCUGCGUUUGGAGCCAAGUCUGCAUUCGGCCAGUCGUCGACCCCUUCUGCGUUUGGCCAGUCGUCAACUCCUUCAGCGUUUGGCCAACCCUCCGCCUUUGGCAAGACUUCGACUCCCGCAUCCACACCUGCGUUUGGUCAGGCGUCCACCCCUAGUUCCGAAUCUGGCACACCUGCGUUUGGCCAGAGCUCUGGCUUUGGCACCAAGCCCAUCACCAGCGGCUUUGCCAGUGCUGCCCCUGCCAUUGGCACCAUCUCUGGCGGGUUUGGCGGCUUUGCGGCCAAGAAGGAGGAGAAGAGCGCGUUUGGUGGCUUUGGCGCGUUUGCCAACAAGGGCGACCAAAAGUCGGUGUUUGGCGACGCGAGCCCAGCGACCAAGAGCGCGUUUGCAACUGCCACCAAGACCGACGACGACAAGGCUUCGCCAUUCGCGACCGCCAAGCCUGCUGAGAAGAAGGAAGAGAACGAGGUCAAGGGUUUCGAAGUUCCUUCCACCACGCCCAAGAAGGAGCCUGCGCCUGUCGUUGCCCCCGCCACGCCUGUCUCGCCCGAGCCUGUCACUACCAGCGCACAGCCUCCCAGCCCUGGCACUCCCGAGCCCACCGUCGAGUCUCCCCCCGCCGAGGAGGAGCACCACGAUGCUGCUGCUGCUGCUGACGAGCUCGACGUUGUCGAGGCUGGUAGCGAGGAGGAUGACCUCGAAGAGGGUGACUACGACGAGUACGCAGAGGACGAUUAUGACGACGAAGAAUAUGAUGAGGAAGAAGACGAGGAGGAGUACACUGAGGAGGAAGAGGAAGAGGAGGACGAGGACGAGGACGAUGACUCCAACACUCGUUCCCCCCACUCUGUGUCGGCUGUUCCCGACAUGGACACGAUUCCAGAGGGAGACGAGACUGCUUCCGAGGGCGAGGACGACGACCAGAGCCCGUCCAAGCCGCCCAAGUCGCCUACGUGGUUUGGUGCUUCAUCCGGCGCCGGCUCUUCGCUCCUCUCUCGUAUGGGUCCUGCUCCCAACACUCCGUCUACCCCCUCUCCCCAGGGAUCAGAAUCCACCCCAUCUUCGUCCCGCGCCUCGGCUUUCACCCUCAAGCACGCCCCCAAGACGAGCUCGCCUCUCAGCACCAACGCCGUCAUUAUUCCCGAGCCUGGAACCCCGAGCGCGACCCCGCCAGGCGCCACUCCGCCCGACUCGCCUGGCAAGCAUGCUGCCUCCCCGCCCUCGGACCACCCGGGCAUGUUUGGUGUGGGCUUGAACCUCGCUAGCUCCCCCCAGUUUAGCUUCAAGAAUGGCAGCGGCAAGAAGGAGGACGAUGACAACAAGGAGGACGUGCCCAAGGCACCAUUCUCAUUCGCGACUCCCGCUGCUGCACCCGGCGAGUGGACUUGUGACACGUGUAUGCUCAAGAACCCCGACAGCGCAAAGGAAAAGUGUACCGUCUGCGAAGCGCCUCGUCCCGGUGCUGCUCCUGCCGCGGCCAAGCCUGCUGCCAUGCCCGCUCCUCCCUCGGUCCCCUCUGGCGGCUUUAGCUUUGGCGGAGCCAAGCCUGCUACCACUGCCCCGGCUGCCACUUUUGCCGGCUUUGGCAAGCCUGCCGCUGGUGCUGAAUGGACUUGCGACACUUGCAUGCUCAAGAACCCCGACAGCGCAAAGGAGAAAUGUACUGUCUGUGAGGCGCCUCGUCCUGGUGCUGCACCUGCUACAGCCAAGCCGGCUGCCAUGCCUGCUCCUCCUUCGGUUCCUGCUGCUGGCGGCUUCAGCUUUGGUGGCAAGCCCGUUUACACGCCCGCCACGAGCGCGCCUGCCACUGGCGGCUUUGCUGGCUUUGGAAAGCCCGCUGCUGCUACCACCGAGUGGACGUGCGACACGUGCAUGCUCAAGAACCCGGACAGCGCAAAGGAAAAGUGCACGGUUUGCGAAUCGCCUCGCCCCGGUGCCACCCCGGCCGCUGCUGCCAAGCCCGCGGGCAUGCCUGCUCCUCCGUCGGUCCCUUCUGGUGGAUUCUCGUUUGGCGGCAAGCCCGUCGCGCCGGCGAGCGCUUCUACUACGACCGCGCCUCCCGCUGCGCCGAGCGCGCCGUUCAGCGGCUUUGGCUUUGGUAAGCCUCCAGCGGCUGCUCCCAAGGCCCCGGAAUCUGGUGUCCAAUGGACUUGCGACACAUGCAUGCUCAAGAAUCCCGACACCGCCAAGGAAAAGUGCACCGUCUGCGAGUCUCCGCGUCCCGGUGCGGCCGCGGCCGCGUCGAGCAAGCCCGCUGGCCCACCGGCACCUCCCUCUGUACCGCUGACUGGCUUCUCCUUUGGAGGCAAGCCCGUGGCCCCCGCCCCUGCUGCAGCGACGACCACGGCCCCUACACCAGCGUUCACCGGCUUUGGCAAACCCGCAACCCCCGCCACGACUGCCGAAGCGCCCAAGUCUCUGUUCGGAGGCGCCAAGCCUGCCGUUGCUGCCGGCCCAGAGUGGACUUGCGAUACCUGCAUGCUCAAGAACCCGGACAGCGCAAAGGAAAAGUGUACCGUUUGCGAGGCCCCCCGCCCCGGUGCCGCACCUGCAAAGCCUGCUGCCCCGCCAGCACUACCCUCGGUCCCAGCUGGAGGCUUCAGCUUUGGCGGUGCCAAACCCGCUGCCGCUCCAUCUGCCCCGGCUACGACUCUCAGCGCCUUUGGCUUGCCCAAGCCUGCCAACAACCCGCCCGCCUUUGCUGGCUUUGCCACAGCUACUCCUGCCCUGCCCACGCCCGCAGCGGCUGACAAGCCCGCACCGUUUGGUGGCUUCAACAAGCCUGCUGCUCCCCCCGCCGCUCCGGCGGCGCCGCCUGCUCUCGGUGCGUUUGGCCUGCCCAAGCCUGCGGCCAACGCACCCGCGUUCGCAGGAUUUGGUAGCAACACGGCGCCAGCGGCGACGACGGCCCCCAAGCCGUUCGGCUUCGGUACCGCCCCCCCUCCUGCCACCAAGGCUGCGCCUGCAGUGUCGCCGUCGGAAUCGCCCAAGCCUGUCCCCGGGUUUGUCGGGUUCGCGGGCUUUGGCCAGGGCAAGCCUGCUGCGGUCACCCCGGCCGCGACUCCCUCUGCACCUGUUGUCAUGGGACAGAUAUCGGCCAUUGCGGCGGUGCCGACUGCGCCAGUGCAGCAGCUGGCAAAGGAGAAGGAGAAGGAGCCCGUCGCGGCCCCCGCACCGCCCCCCGCACCCAAGUUCAAUGUACCGGCCCGUCAACCCGUUGCGGCUGUGCCGCCUACGCCGACUACGCAGGCCAAGUCCAUGGCCGGCAUGCUCGAGCGCGUUGUGGCCGAGGUUGUGGAUGACCUGAACAAGCUCAACGCCAACCUCAAGGCGGCGGAGGCGUUCCAUGCUGCCAUUGACGCGCCUGACUUUGCGUCGCCCGCUUCGGCGACACAGCUCGAGGCUGUUCCUUUCUCGGCCCUCGAUGACGUGAUGAAGCUGGCCGAGGACCUCGGUGACCAACUCGCUAUUGUGCGUGCCGAGGUACAGGAGAGCGAUGUGACGCUGGCGGAACUCCAGUCCCGGAUGCUGAAGACGGACAUGAAGGCUGGUCAAGCUGAAAAGUUCCUCAAGGCGCGGCAGGACCCGUCGUUUGCUCGUUCGAUGCAGAUCAAGGACCUGAGCCCGCAACAAGCUGCCGACCAGCUGCGCCUGCGCAAGGUUGUGCAGAUGACGGAAUCUCGCCUCAACGAGGUUGAAGCCGGAAUUGCCGUCCUGAAGCGCCGUUCGGACCGUCGUGAUCCCCACCACCGCCACCACCAGCGUGCGACGUCGUCGCUGCAGCAGCAGCAGCAGCAACCUGCCCUAGAGCGAAUCCAACGCACGGUGCGCAACGUCGACGUUGCGAUUCGAGACCGCCAGCACGCGCUCGACGAGCUGUCGCGCCGUAUCGGUGGGCUGAAACUCGCGGGCCGUGAAACGCGCGAGAACACGCCCGUGCGCACCAGCACCCCCGUCAAGACGCCUGUGCACGACCUCCGCCAUGCCUCUCCGACGAGCACGAGCGCAACUGCGGCCGGGGCCGCGACGCCGAGAAGGAACGGACAGACCAGUGGCGCUUCUGGCGCUCCUGUGUCGCUCGAACCCACAGACGCUCAGCGCCAACGUGCGGCCACGGCGUCCAAACCACUGGACGUGGCACGGAGCCGCCUGGUCCAAAGGGCCGCCGCCGCCGCGCCGGUCACGCGCAUCGGACGGGCGAGCACGAGCACCGCGCUCCCGACCUCGAGCCUCGUGUCGCACGCUUCGGUCAUCCGAGGCCCAGUGAAGGUGGACGCGGUGCCUCUGCCAGGCAGUGUUCUUCCUCCCCCCUCUCGAAAGGGUAUCCCUGGCGGCGGUUCCAGCAGUGCGGCCGCGGGUCCCAGCAGCAACAGUGGUGGUGCCUCUGCCUCAUCGUCAUACCGAGAGCCUGCUGCCGCUGCUGCUUCGAGUACAUUUAUCUCCCUGGCCCCGAUGCUCCAGGCACCCGCGACCCCACAGCCGCAGCCGCCGUCGCAACUUGCUUCAAGCUCAACCUCGACCUCCAACUCGAACCCCCCGACCUCGUCGCCGUCGUUUGGCGGCGGGUUUGCAGGCAUCAAACUGCAGUUGGACCCGGGCACGAUCGUGACUGGGAAAUCGCGCGGCAUGGUCGCCGGCGCGGCCAAGCACAGCGGCCGGCACUCAAACGCCGUGCGCCUCAGUACCGUCGCCGCGCUGCCUGCGGGGACCGUCGGCGGUGCGCCGCUGUCGCUGUUCGGGGACGUGGCGCUGCCGGCACCGAACAAGGAUGAGAAGCCUGCGUUCUUGAAGUAG